UGCUUUCUGCAAGAGACCUCGUUUCUCCAGGGGAAAAAAAAACACAAAAACUUGAUUUCUUCCCAAUCGACGGCUGAGGUGGGCUUCUACCUCCCCUCCCCCCAAAGUCCCCUCCCCCUCCCUCCCUAAGAAAAUUGAUCUUGGGUCUGUUAGUGUCUGAUAUUCGCCACCCCCAUUUCCCCGGAGAGCGCAGGGUUUGUUUAUUUCUUUAUUUAUUCCUGGGCCGAGGCGUCCGGGACUUGUCGAUGUGCUUACCCGGGACUGAUAGGCAACACGCAGAGACGUGAACCUCCCGCCGCUGCCCCCCAGUCGAGCAAGACAGUGCGCGGGCCAGUUGCGUGACUCGUGACGUCUCCAAGUCCUAUAGGUGCAGCGGCUGGUGAGAUAGUCCGUAUCGCCUGGUUGACUCUUUAUUUUAUUGGGGUAUGCCUGGUAAUAAACAGUAAUAUUUAAUUUGUCGGAGACCACAAACCAACUUCCAGCUGGGAGGUACGGGCUUGUCUUGACAGAUCCUGGAAAGAGGCCUGGCCCAAAAAGGAUCUUUUUAAGGGGUUCCUUUCCAAUCUCUUCACCUGAACACCCCCCUCCCCAGCGAGGUGCCACUCUUGGCUUCUGCUCUGGAAAGAAGAGGUGGGCUUUUUUGGAGAGCAGAACUCGGUGCGGGCACAGGGCCCCGGGCGCACUAUGGCCGACGCAGACGAGGGCUUUGGCCUGGCGCACACACCUCUGGAGCCAGAUUCAAAGGACUUGCCCUGUGACUCAAAACCUGAGAGCGCGCUAGGGGCCCCCAGCAAGUCCCCGUCGUCCCCGCAGGCCGCCUUCACCCAGCAGGGCAUGGAAGGGAUCAAGGUAUUUCUCCACGAACGAGAGCUGUGGCUGAAAUUCCAUGAAGUGGGCACAGAAAUGAUAAUAACCAAGGCUGGAAGGCGGAUGUUUCCCAGCUACAAAGUGAAGGUGACUGGCCUUAACCCCAAAACGAAGUACAUUCUCCUCAUGGACAUUGUUCCCGCGGACGACCACAGAUACAAGUUCGCAGAUAAUAAAUGGUCUGUGACCGGCAAAGCGGAGCCCGCCAUGCCCGGCCGCCUCUACGUGCACCCGGACUCGCCGGCCACCGGGGCACAUUGGAUGCGGCAGCUUGUCUCCUUCCAGAAACUCAAACUCACCAACAACCACCUGGACCCGUUUGGGCACAUUAUUCUGAAUUCCAUGCACAAAUACCAGCCCAGACUACACAUCGUGAAAGCGGAUGAAAAUAAUGGAUUCGGCUCAAAAAACACAGCGUUCUGCACUCACGUCUUUCCUGAGACGGCGUUUAUCGCGGUAACUUCCUAUCAGAACCACAAGAUCACCCAAUUAAAGAUCGAGAACAAUCCCUUUGCCAAAGGAUUCCGGGGCAGCGAUGACAUGGAGCUACACAGAAUGUCAAGAAUGCAGAGUAAAGAAUACCCUGUGGUUCCCAGGAGCACAGUGAGGCAAAAAGUGGCCUCCAACCAUAGCCCUUUCAGCAGCGAGCCCCGGGCUCUCUCCACCUCAUCCAACUUGGGGACCCAGUAUCAGUGCGAGAAUGGCGUCUCCGGCACCUCCCAGGACCUUCUGCACCCACCCACCCCAUACCCUCUGUCCCAGGAGCACAGCCAGAUUUACCACUGCACCAAGAGAAAAGAUGAAGAAUGUUCCACCACAGAUCAUCCCUAUAAGAAGCCCUACAUGGAGACGUCACCCAGUGACGAGGAUCCCUUUUACCGCUCCAGCUACCCCCAGCAACAGGGCCUGGGCACCUCCUACAGGACCGAGUCGGCCCAGCGGCAGGCCUGCAUGUACGCCAGCUCGGCGCCGCCCGGUGAGCCAGUGCCCAGCCUGGAGGACAUCAGCUGCAACACGUGGCCUGGCAUGCCUUCAUAUAGCAGCUGCACCGUCACCACGGUGCAGCCCAUGGACAGGCUGCCCUACCAGCACUUCUCCGCUCACUUCACCUCGGGGCCCCUGGUCCCCCGACUGGCUGGCGUGGCCAACCACAGCUCCCCACAGCUUGGAGAGGGCAUGUUCCAGCACCAGACCUCCGUGGCCCACCAGCCUGUGGUCAGGCAGUGUGGGCCGCAGACUGGCCUCCAGUCCCCCGGUGGCCUUCAGCCCCCCGAGUUCCUCUACUCUCACAGCGUGCAAAGGACACUGUCCCCACACCAGUACCACUCUGUGCAUGGAGUUGGCAUGGUGCCAGAGUGGAGUGACAGUAGCUAAAGCGAGUCUUGCUCCGCCACAGACAUUU